CGGCGGCGGCGGCGGCGGUGGUGGUGUCCGGAGCGCAGCCAUGGAGCGCGGCGGGGCCCGGGACUUCCUGCCGCCGUUCGCGCACUUCGCCACGCAGGCGAUUCACGCCGGGCAGGAGCCCGAGCAGUGGAGCUCGGCCGCCGUGGUGCCGCCCAUCUCCCUCUCCACCACCUUCAAGCAGCAGGCCCCCGGGCAGCACGCGGGUUAUGAAUACAGCCGGAGUGGAAACCCCAGCCGGAAUUGCCUGGAGAAGGCUGUGGCAGCACUAGAUGGAGCUAAAUACUGUUUAGCUUAUGCUUCUGGCUUAGCUGCUACUUUGAAUAUUACUCACCUCUUAAAGGCAGGGGACACGAUUAUCUGCAUGGAUGAUGUCUAUGGAGGCACAAACAGGUACUUCAGGAAAGUAGCCAUGAAAAUGGGUUUGAAUGUAGUUUUUGUUGACUGUUCAAAUAUUAAAUGCCUGGAAGCUGCAAUUACACCAGAGACCAAGCUUGUUUGGAUUGAAACACCCACAAACCCCACACUGAAGAUCAUUGACAUUCAAGCGUGUGCAGAUGCAGUACACAAGCAUAAAGACGUUCUUCUGGCGGUAGACAACACUUUUAUGUCUGCAUAUUUCCAGCGUCCUUUAUCUCUGGGGGCCGAUAUUUGUAUGUAUUCUGCCACCAAAUACAUGAAUGGGCAUAGUGAUGUCGUAAUGGGACUUGUUUCAGUAAACCGUGAUGACCUCUAUGAAAGGCUUAAAUUCUUACAAAACUCUCUUGGAGCUGUUCCAUCCCCCUUUGACUGUUACCUGUGCAACCGCGGCCUGAAGACGCUGCACAUCCGGAUGAAGCAACAUUUCCACAACGCGUUGGCUGUUGCUCGGUUCCUUGAGUCAGAUUCCCGGGUGGAGAAAGUCAUUUUCCCAGGCUUGCCUUCACACCCUCAGCAUGAGCUGAUCAAACGGCAGUGUACUGGCUGUCCUGGCAUGAUCACCUUUUACAUUAAAGGGAGUCUCAAACAUGCUGCUACCUUCCUCAAGAAUUUAAAGGUUUUUACACUGGCUGAGAGUCUGGGUGGCUAUGAAAGCCUUGCAGAGCAUCCGGCCAUCAUGACUCACUCUUCAGUGCCUAAAGAAGAUAGAGAAACUCUUGGAAUCAGCGAUACGUUAGUUCGCCUGUCGAUUGGUUUGGAAGAUGAAGAAGACUUACUGAAAGAUCUAGAUCAGGCCCUGACAGCUGCAUUUGCAGAGUGUAAAGCUUGAAGUCUAAGGCCAGAACUUGGAAUUGAAUGUGGAAAUACCUAAGAAAGAUGACAUGGAAAGCCAAAUUGUUAACGAUUUACCUUGAUUUGUUUCUGAGAAUUUGAAUCUGUUCAAUGGAAUCCCUGGAUCCCUGGGGAACCUUGUGCUGUAGGUUUAUUCUGCUGCUGCCAGGCUGUGCAUGGACCGUGCACUGUGACACACAGCCUGGGUUCUCCUGGGGUCCCUUCCUGUUCUAUUGUAAUCCCUUGGGUUUGGAAUUCGUAGAGUCAAUAAACUGUGUCUGAGAGCAGCCAGAUGCACACUCAGGAAUAUUAUCCUGGCUCUCUCAGUGAGGGUAGUGUUUCUGUUUGUCACGCUGGUGCUGCAGGGCUGUUCUGUCCAAGGGCUGGUUCUUGAUGUGACUGCUCCUCAAACUGCACAAGACGUUUUCUCAUCUCUUCUAACCCACCAGCCCAACUUGAGAAGUGCUGGGUUAGAUAUUUGUUGUUUAAUUAGGAUGGAAAUGUGGUUAAAUGUUUUUUCUCCUGUUGAUAUCUUACGGAGCAUUGAAAAUGAAGCAAGAUCCAAUACGUGGUAAACAAUGGGAACUUUUUAAAGAGGAUUCUUUCACUUAAAAAGUACAAAAUCAUCUGGUGUCAGUUAUGGUAAUCAUUUGAUUUAUAUUUGGAAUUGGAAUAUUAAUUAAAAUAUGCUUUGAAUCUC